CAUGGUUCCUGACGGGAGCCAGGCUUGACCUUGAUUCGGACUAUGCUCCGUAAACUUUCGCGGUUGAAUUCUCGUGUCCUUGGGAGGCCGUCCAGAACAUACAAAAGGAAAAGAGCGUGGCGUUCGAAGUUUGAUGUCGAUCAUCAUGCUCCAUCCAGUGUUUCAUGGUCUUCGAAAGUAAUAGCCUCUCGUUCGCUGAUCUGGCACUAAUCUUUCUAUCUAAUCUUUCACUUUACUCGGUCCGUUUCCUUAACGUCGGAUUUCCUUGGAGUACUGAGAGCACUAAUAUACCCUACGUGCUAUCACAAUGGACGGAUUGAACGACUACCGAACGACGAGAGUAGCCGAAGUCCUUUCCGAUUUCCGCACGUUGCAGUACUACAUCGCGGCAGCACCCACAGAUCCCAAUAACAUGGAGGACUAUUAUACAGAAGGCUGGGCGGCGUUGCGCCAAUGCUCCCUUGACGGGCAGCACAUUCUCAACUGCGCCGCCGACACCAGCGUCCCCCAAGCAAGCGGCGGGACCCUUGAGCAGGAGAAAGCGGAGCUGAGGCAAUGUUUGCUUGACGCAUUUUCGAGGAGACACGAGUGUCAAAAGAUCUACCUGCGACAAGCUGCUGCGCAGCGAUGGGUCACAAACAGGGAUGGAAUUCUACAGGGCGCGCGACCGAACUCGAGGAACCAGUCGCAUCUGAGAGCGUGUGAUCAACAGCUACGAGCUGAGCUCGCUACCAUCACCGACGAGGCGAUCUACAACGAACUGCUGGCAUCCGAUGCCACAAUGGGCCGCUGGACGGCCGAGGACCCGAGCCAGCGAGGCGUGCAGCGUUGGCUCCGCGCACGUCGACCAUAAGAGUUUCCGUCACGAUAUCCAUGAGACGAACCAAGAUAACUGGGAUGUUCGAUGAUUCAAGACAAAAAAAGUAAUGUUUCUUCUGACGACAUCGGGGAUGGGAAUUUUUUGGCAUAAACGGCGCAUGGAGGAUACC